AUGCAGGCCAGGUCGUCGCACGCAUCCGGGAGAGGCCAGUCCGGAACAGCCCAAUCACGGUCAUCCAAUCCCUCUAGAAACGAUGACUCGGGUUCAGGAGCGGAGACCCCGGCUCGCAGGCGCCUCCAGAAAUCCGCCUCAACCACUUUCCACAUGAAUAACCAGACCAAUGUUGAUUCGCAGUCCUCGAGAGAUGUGGCAGGACCGCGUUCAGGGGAAACGGGUCGAAGGAGGUUGUCUAUUAGAAGCCAGAAAGCCCCUCAGGGGCCUCGGCCACAGGACGCCUCGCGCUGGAGCAAGCCAACGAAUAACUACUACCAUCCCGAAAACUCCCCGAUUGACUCCACGAACGACUCGAUGAAAGGCUACAACCUGCGAUCCACAAGCGUGGGAAACCUGUCAAAAAUGGAGACCUACCAAACCCCGCCGGAAAGCAUGGAAUUUUUGGCGCCGAUCAACUUUGACGAUUUCCACAACAGUAUCAUGACUGAGCCCACUUUGAAUCAUAAUCAUUUUCCCAUGCCCAGAGCUGGUGGUGCGGGCUCUGAGAAUCGGGAUUCUGGUCUGUCAACAAACAGUACUUGGACGAACAACAGUUACGACAGCAAUAUCUCGGAGAGGACGAGAGGUGCUUCCGCUCGCCGCAAGAGCGAGGUAUCGCGUUUGAAUGGCCAAAACCCGGCGACUUCAAGGUUAUCGACGACAUCCGCCAAUGCCCGCGCGCGCCGCCAAAGUCUGGCACAAACCAACGAUGCCAGCUCUGUCACUUCUCGAGGAUCACGGAAGUCCAUCAGCUCCGGGGCCUUCGGCCCUACAAAUGCAUCGGCGAGGCGGGCCAGUCUGAGUGCUCGCAAAAUCAGUAUGGACACGACUCGGACGGAUCCAAACAAUGUCCUUCGCCCUCGUGGUCAACCGACAGAAGCACCUCGGGACGAGACCAGAGUCCCCUCGUCCGUACGAAACCUCAAAGCCAAGUCUAUGCAACCCUCUCCUCGCGAGCCGCGUGGCACCUUUUUGACUGCGACUGGUAUAACCGAUCACUCGCGAUCUUCUUCAACCAAUGCCGUCCGUACGCCGGUCAGGAACACGUCUGCAUCGACGGUGACGACUCCUUCCUCGUCCUCCAAGCGCAUGUCUACCAUGCCCCAUGCCACCGGCUUGGGUGCGCGCACUAUCAGUCCAACCGAUGCACGUCGGGCCAAGCGGAUGUCAAUGGUGCCACCUGCACCUCCCAUGCCUCACACCCCUCCUCCACCGACCGAGCCGCUUCCCAUCCGACCUGUGUCGUCAACCCAGUCCCCUUCUUUUCUCCCGAGGAAAAGCGUCACCCCUUCCUCCAACCGAACGACUCCAGACCCGAGCCGCAAGUCAUACAGCUCCGGGCUGUCGUUGUCAUCGAACACGAGUUACAACUCGGUGCGAAACUCAGGAAGCUCGACCCAACCGCGUCUAUCACAGAAUUUCUCAUCUUCUCGAUUACCUACGCCCAAGCCGCGUACGGAGCAGGCGUCUUCUUCUUCCACGGGAGAGGAGGUUCCGCCAGUUCCCGCAAUCCCCAAGGCCUAUGAAUCGCCCAAGGGUGAGCUUGACGCGCCUGUAUUCCCGGCGCCAAGGAAGUCUAGUUUGCCGGUAGACAUCAGUCUUCUUAACAUUUCACGUGAUGUGGACUCGGAUGCCCUGGCCGGUACCACCGAGAAUGGUGAUUACUGCCCUGGGCAGGUUGCAAAGACUCCCGAGUCGCGUACCCGGACUUCAACGAUAAUUGGUCGCAAGGGUCUGCAACCGUUGAAGCUACCGCCAUUGAACCUGCUGCCCCUGGGCACUCCGAUGACUACAAAGAUUGAGGCGUUGAGGGACAGGGAAGCUGAGGAACGCAAAUCAUACACCCCAUCCAACCAAAUCACCUCAAAGACGCCUAGCACUCCAAUGACUGCGUCGAAGGCCAACUUCUGGGCUUAUCGUGACGACGAAGAUACAAGUUCUACCAAUCAAGUACGGAGUAGCACAUCGCAUUUCGCGUUGAGCUCUACCUCUACGGCAGCACUGCGUACUGCCAGCAGUACCAGUGCUUUUGAAACACCCAAUGGCACUCGCAACAUCUCACCCUACGCAUCAUACACGCUACCGAAGAGCAGCUCCGAGUUUACUUCGCUCCGCUACCAGGCUAGCGGGGACUAUUCCAACCGAGCCUCUCAGUCAUACAAAUUGACGGGUCCGCGACCUCAAACGCAGAGUGCCGUUUUCACACCCGCUGUGGAAAGACUAAGUCAGAUCUCGACACCAUCGGAGCCAGAAAGUGGUCCUGUGCCUAGUUCUAAUCCGAAGGAGCGAUUGAUUGUGACCCGUAUUCGCCGCAACUCCAAGGCUGCUAAGUCGUCCGAGGUCGAUACCGAUGCAGCCAAGUACGAUCAUAUGCCGCCGCCCAAACUUCCUGCAUCUGCCACGUGGAACAAUUUGUCUUCUAUUCCAUCGACCAGUCCUACUGUCAAGUCUUCAUUCCUCAGGCCUCGGCGGCAAUCGUCUGUGUCAAGCAUCUCAAAGCAGUCUGCCAACCGGAAGCCCAGCGUCAGCAGUGAUCGGAGCCUACAUUUGGAACCUUCUACUUCAAAUGAGUCCGGUGGAAGCGAACAUUCUCAGAACCGUACUUCCAGCGCCUACAUAUCUCCAGUCCAUAAGAUCAUCAACUCUGCUCGAUCUAGCGCUGCUGCUUCUCCUCGGUCGGCCGAUGUUAAUGCCGAUGCAGAUGUGGUAAUUGCUGACGAGGAAAUGAGGAGACUGGGAUCUAAGCGCAAGGACUUUGAGACUGCAGCGAGAGAAUUGGAUGAACUGCGUCGCAAAUCAGGGCCGAAGGAUCGUGUCAGCCCUGCCCAGGCUUUGAAGAUGGCAAACUUGAACAUCUUUGAGCGCGGCGAGAUAAUUGACUAUCGGGAUAUUUUCUUCUGUGGCACACAAAACGCCAAGAAGCACAUCGGCGAUCUCCACUCGGGCGCAGCCAACUUUGGCUACGACGAUGAUCGGGGUGAUUACAACAUCGUGAUAGGCGACCAUUUGGCCUACCGCUAUGAGGUUGUCAAUGUUCUCGGCAAGGGAAGUUUCGGCCAGGUCGUGCGUUGUGUUGAUCAUAAGACUGGUGCUUUGGUUGCGAUCAAGAUUAUUCGCAACAAGAAGCGGUUUCAUCAGCAGGCUUUAAUCGAGGUUAAUCUCCUGACAAAGUUGAAGGAGUGGGAUCCCGACCACCGACACAGCGUGGUCAACUUCACCCAGAGCUUCUAUUUCCGUGGCCAUCUCUGUAUCUCGACCGAACUCCUCGGCAUGAACUUGUACGAGUUCAUCAAGGCGCACGACUUCAAGGGCUUCUCACUCAAGCUCAUUCGCCGGUUUACCAAGCAGAUGCUUACUAGUUUGGUCUUGUUGCACGCCAAGAAGGUCAUCCACUGUGAUCUGAAGCCGGAGAACAUUCUUCUCGUCCAUCCCUUGAAUUCAGAGAUCCGAGUGAUUGACUUCGGAUCGAGCUGCUUCGAGAACGAAAAGGUGUACACCUACAUCCAGAGUCGUUUCUACCGUUCCCCAGAAGUCAUUCUUGGAAUGUCUUACGGCAUGCCCAUCGACAUGUGGAGUCUCGGAUGUAUCCUGGCCGAGCUUUUCACAGGGUAUCCCAUCUUCCCUGGUGAGAACGAGCAGGAACAACUAGCCUGCAUUAUGGAAGUGUUUGGACCCCCGGAGAAGCAUUUGAUCGAGAAGAGCACUCGCAAGAAGCUGUUCUUUGAUUCUCUAGGCAAGCCUCGCCUGACCGUCUCGUCCAAGGGACGUCGUCGUCGUCCAAGCUCCAAGGAACUCCGGCAAGCCAUCAGAUGUGAUGAUGAAGCUUUCCUCGACUUCCUCACCCGUUGUCUCCGCUGGGAUCCUGCUCGUCGACUGACUCCUCACGACGCCCUGAAGCACGAGUUUAUUACGGGCAUCAAAUUGCAUUCUCGGCCUCGGAUGUACGCUGCGAUGAACUCGCCCUCCAAGCGGGGCGCCAGCAGCUCCAACACGCGUCCACUUCCCGAGCCUCCCGGCAAUAACCUGAAGAGUGGUUCAUCGGGCCGUCUUCGUGAUGCCUCGGGCAAUUCCCCGGUCAAGGGCGGAAAACGCCAGUCAACCGUCAGCGGUCUUCCGCCGUCCAGCCCCGUCAAGCGAUCGUCCAACAACCUCACCAGCACGUCCGGAACUGCUUUGCCCCGUGCCUCAGCACGAAGCAUUAGUGGGAAACCCGAUCUCGCGACGGCGGCGGCUGCGACCAGCUUAGUGAGUUAA